CUUGUAACUAAGUCUGAUGUUGAUGCGCUACUGCCCUGAUGACCUUGGUACGCAAAGCAGUCCGUCUUUUUCAACGUAUAUCGUGCAACGUGCGUAUGGCUAGCACAUCUUUUAUUAAAGAAGGCUGUGCGGAAGUCAUGCUUCCAGAUGGCGUGUUUUACAAUCCUGUACAAGAAUUUAACAGAGACCUUACAAUAGCUGUAGUAAAUCAGUUUGGAAAGUUGCACAGAAGAGAAGCUAUUCUGAAAAUGAAGGACAAAAUGAGUGAAACUCCUGAUUCUCCUUGUGGCCUAAAGAUACUGGAGGCAUUAGCAGCAUCCGGAAUUAGAUCUGUUAGAAUGGCUCUCGAAGUUUCAAAUGUAUCGAGUAUUAUUGCCAAUGAUCUUAGUCCAGAGGCUGUUGCUUUGAUACAGAAGAAUGUUGCUCACAAUAAUGUGGAGAAUAUUGUCAGUACAGUCUGCGGUGACGCUGUCGACCUUAUGCAUCAACGUCGGUUAUUUGGCGAAAAGUUUGUUUUUUUUCUAAUGUGUUAAUUCAGUUCACAAAUAACCACCAGCUGAAGCAUCUCCGUAUGCCUAAAUUCGGAAGGUCGUAUGACAACUAGAAUUACCAGUAAUUUGUUUAUAUAUAUCCGGAAUGUCGAACAAUGUUUAUUAUCAGAAUUAAUUUUGAGCAUCCACGGAAAGCUUAUCGAAAAUGUGGUCUUAAUUAGCAAAAGCAAAGCAAUAAAUUUAGUUGUAUGUUCAGUGAGGUAUUUCUUGUUAGUCUAGUUUCUAGUUGUAUAUCCCUGGAUAUUUCCCAUCAAAGAAGAUUUUUAUAGUCCACAAUUAUACAAGAUUGUUCCAAAAAAAAACCCAGCGGAAUCAACUUUAGUGUUUGGUAGUACCAGAAAGUUCCUUAACUUGUCUUCUGUAGGUAUGAUAAAUAAAGGGGGUAUUUCGUCACUUAUAGAUUGCCAGCACGUUUCUUACUCAUCAACCGAUUCCUUUCAUACUAUCGUUAGUGUCAUUACUAUUUCUUAUUCCCAUGACUUCAGUCUUGCCAAGUUUCGUCACUCUGAUGUAGUUAUAAGUUAAGUUGAUUGACACUGUCAUAUGCUAUAUUACCACUGUCCGGUUGUGAUUACAAUUUAUUUAUGUUUUAUGUAUAACAUGAUUUUUGAGAUGUAUGAAUCCGUAAUUUAAUUGUUGCCUCUCCCUAACGAUUAAACGUAUGAUACUAACAUUUCACACCAGUAAUCGAAGAGUUAGAAUGCGUAAGAAAAAUGUGGUCAAGAUUAAUUACUUGAGACUAGUGGAUGCUGAACGUAAAGUUUCACGAGACUUGACCAAUAUAAGUUUUCCACAUCCAGAAUGCAUAUAUGUACUUUGUCAUAAAACUAUAUACACUGUAACUCUACAAAGCAAUCAAAUUAAUCAGGUAAUGUUUAUGUAAUGGCCUUGAAUUAGUGGUCUCAUUGUUGAAAAGUCUGAUUAUGUCUCGUUUGUGUAUUUCAUGUGGUCCAACUUUUUCUGACUCCUGUUAGGUUUGAUGUGGUUGAUAUCGACCCAUUUGGAACAGCAAGUCCGUUUUUAAACACGGCCGUCCAGUGUUUACGAAGUGGUGGACUUCUCUGUGUCACUUCAACAGAUUUGGCUGUGUUAUGUGGGAGCACUCCUGGAACUUCGAUGGGAAAGUAUGGUGGGAUGGCUAUUAAAACAGGCUCCACACAUGAAGUUGGAUUACGAAUACUUUUAAAUGCUAUGCAGUUGGCUGCAAGUCAGCAUGGUAAAGUUAUUGAACCUUUGUUAUCGUUGUCAGUGGAUUUUUAUAUUCGUGUAUUUGUACGUGUUUGGUCUAGUCCGUUAUCUGUAAAAGCUAUUGCAGCUAAACAUGGUAUUUGUUAUAUUUGCCGUGGAUGCUUAGCCUAUCAUAUACAACCUCUUGGAGAAGCAGUUAAUACUAAUAAAGCAGUUGCCCCAGCUCUUGGCCCACCUAUAGGACCUCAAUGUAUAGAAUGCGGUUCGAAAUUUCAUGUGUUUGGUCCUAUUUGGAUUGGACCUUUACAUAGUCGUACAUUCCUACAUGAGUUUCUCUCGGAUUUAGGUUACCCUCCCAAAAACGUCAACAAUGGUAUAUCAAGUUGUUUGAACGGUGAAAAUCACUCAUCUUCAACACAAUCGGAUACAAGUACUGGAUCAAGUGAAUCAAAAGUUGAGGUAUCAACUCAUAGUCUAACGAAUAAUAAUUACCGCACAUUUAAACGUAUCAUCGGUAUGGUUACUGUGGCGUAUGAAGAACUUCCAGAUGUUCCUUUAUAUUACAUAAUUGAUCAAUUAGCAUCAGUUUUUGGUUGUACCAUGCCUAAACAACCAGACUUAUAUUCUUGUCUUCUGAAUGCCAACUACCGUGUUUCUUGCUCGCAUGCUGAUAAAAAUUCUCUGAAAACAGAUGCUCCGCAUUCAUUUGUACUCGACUGUUUUCGAUCUCAUUAUGAUAGAACUGGAACAAACUGUAAAAGAGAAAAACCUGACCUUGAAUCAAAUGAUGAUGAAGGAGAUCCCGAAACAGAAGUAAACGCAACACCAAAGGUCAGUGUUCGAAGCAGAAGACGCUUCAGAAGAAAGAAGCAUGCUGAUGGUAACUUGAAAAUCUCAUCGAACAUGGAAGAGACAAAUAUUGAAUCGGGUAUUAAUGUUUCACAUAGUCAAACAGUACGCAUCAGCUUACGAACCAGACCAAUUAAUCCAUCAGUAUCUUUCACUCGUCAUCCACUUGCUGAACCUCCAUCAAAAAAUGAUGGUCUAGUUAGAUAUCAGAUAAAUCCUGAAAAAAAUUGGGGUCCAAAGUCGAGACCGAAAAUGAAGAAAACAUCACCUUGAAUAACAACACGCAUAGUAAUGUCAACAACGAAUUUCACAUAAAAAUCCCUCACAUAUUAUAUUUUGUGAAUGUAUAUAUUUUCAAAUACAAGCAUAUGAAUGAAUCCUUCAA